AUGGCUAACGACGGUCCCGAAUCCCAACCUCUACUCCAGCGAGCAGGUUCGGCUUCGCCUCCGGCUUCUCCGACUGUCAUUUCCAAGAAGCCCGACACGUCAUCGCCGUCGCCUCAGAGCGAGGAAGGAGGCUCCGAAUCUAAUUUCUAUCCCUCGCGUGCCGUUGAAGAUGACGUGCUGCCCGAGACCUCGGCCAUAGGCCGAACACUGAGCUGGCAGAGCGCGUACAUCCUCGUCAUCUCCCGCGUUUUCGGCAGCGGCAUAUUUGCCACACCGGGUGCCAUCCUUCGCUCGGUCGGGAGCCCCGGCUUGAGUUUGAUCUUGUGGGUCGUCGGUGCCUGCGUGGCCGCCUGUGGGAUUGCCGUGACUCUCGAAUUUGGGAGCAUGCUUCCUCGCUCGGGCGGACACAAAGUCUAUCUCGAAUUUACAUACAGACGCCCGCGCUUCUUGGCAUCGACACUCGUGGCAGUCCAGGCUGUGGUGCUGGGGUUCGCGGCCAGCAACUGCAUCGUCUUCAGCCAGUAUGUGUUGUUUGCAUUUGGUAUUGAGGCGGCCAGCGAAUGGCUGCGAAAGGGACUAGCGGUUGCCCUGCUAGUGGCAGUCACUCUCGUACACGGCAUCACUCCGCGGUUCGGCGUUAGACUCCAAGACUGGCUGGGUUGGAUCAAAGUCGGCAUCAUCCUGUGUAUGAUCCUCUCUGGGCUAUUCGUCGUUAUCUUUCGGCGUAGCAAGCUCGACGUAGAGCCAGACUCGGCCGGUUUGGUGACUGGAGGUAGCUUGUGGGACAACUCGAACUGGGACUGGGGUGUCAUUGCCACGUCCCUCUUCAAAGUCUCUUACUCGUAUGCAGGCCUCGACAGCGUUACCAACGUUAUGAAUGAAGUCAAAGAGCCGGUGCGAACAUUGCGUUCUGUGACGCUGUCCGCACUCGCGACGGCUUGUGGACUCUACAUGCUCAUCAAUGUGGCCUACUUCCUCGUAGUACCAAUUGAAGACAUCAAGUCUAGCGGAGAGUUGAUUGCCGCCUUGUUCUUUGAGCGGACCUUUGGUGUUCAAGUCGGCCGCAAAGUGCUGCCUCUAGCAGUCGCCUUGUCUGCGGCAGGAAACGUGAUGGUAGUCACUUUUGCCCAGUCACGACUGAAGCAAGAAAUCGCACGCCAGGGAUUUCUGCCUUUCUCGGCUGUCCUCUCGUCUACCCGACCUUUUCACUCCCCGUUGGGCGCUUUGGUUGUGCAUUUUAUCCCCUCUUUCCUCGUUAUUGUUCUUCCUCCGUCCAAUGAUGUCUACUCCUUCAUUCUGGAAGUCGAGGGAUAUCCCGCACAAUUCAUUAGCAUCGCUCUUGCUGCAGGCCUUAUUUGGCUGCGGUUCAAGCGCAGCGACCUUCGCAGACCGUUUCGAGCCUGGAUCCCCGCGGUUCUCCUCCAGACAUCGCUGAGUCUUGCACUAAUUGCUGCGCCGUUCUUCCCGCCAGAAAAGAAGCCAGAGUCGGGGUUGUUCUACGCAAGUUAUGCAAUUGUGGCCAUUUCAGUGUUUGCACUCGCAAUACUCUACUGGUACAUCUGGACAGUUGCCAUUCCAUGCUGGCGUGGAUAUAGACUAGAGGAGGAGACCGAAGUCUUGAAGGAUGGCACGUCAAUCACAAAACUUGUUCACGUUUCUGCCUGA